UCUGACAUUUGUUCGCAGUGAUGUAGGAUAGAAAUCGUGAUGAGUUAGUGAACCCCUGAAAAUGCCCGGAACUCCUCGAGCAUCUGUUCGCAUCGAGCCGUACACUGAGGCUCACGUUUACUCUCCUCCGAAUGGAGGUGGGUUCAGCCCAGGUUCAAAUGCAUCAACUGACACAGACUCGCACUCCGUGGAUUCAAAUCCAAGGCCUGAGAAUGAGCUGACUCGCAAGACUUCUGCUGGCUUCAUUCCAACCCGGAGUGUUUCGGUGCUUGCCGGAGAUCGCAAGCCCGCUUAUAAUCCGAUGCAGUUUGUGAAAGUAGGUCCCGCCAACCUGUAUCAACAGGCCCAGCAACAAAUCAAACAGGCGGAAGAAGUAAAAAUCGCUAGAGGAGGAAUUAAGGCUUGGCGAGAUGACGAAGAAGACUGGCAAUCGAAUUUGAACAACUGGAAAUGUUCUCGCCGGAAGAAAACUGAGUCGGUUAUCGAGCGUGUUGCUGAGGUAAAAAAGUAUGAAGACGAAGCUCUUGAACGCGAUGCUGCAUCGAGGAAAAAGAAGACUUUCUCCGAGAUGAUGCAGGAGAGGUCAGAGAAAGGCAGGAAGAGCAAAACCUCGUUUGACCUGAGUUUGUACACCGACGAGACGGGUGAGACGUACGAGGAUGACGACGACGACGGUUCCGACAAAUACAACGGGAACCAUCGCAUGGAUCAACGACAGGGGGAAUAUGACGAUGACGACGACAAAGCUGGGGACAGCAGUGGAUCCGCUUGCGAGAAUUCGGAAAACGAACCGGAAGUGCGCGACGAUGACGCGGACGGAGAAGAGUCGCGCGUUUUUUACAAUCACGACAAUUACUCGGGCGUCAUUAGCGGCAAUGGCUCGUCGGAUCGCGGCGAUCUUGUGGGAGCCUCGAGUGCAGUGGCUCUUAUGAGCAAAUCAGUGAACGACUUGACGAUUGAGCCCACGACUGACGACGACUCGGGCUUUGGCUCGUCUUUGUCGAAAGCCCCGUCCACCCCUCAUGUUUGGUCUGUCGACAAACCGAAGGGGUCAAAGCCGCGUUUUCAAGUUCUGUAUUACCCCGUCAUGCGGACGAUGUGA